AUGAGGUCGAUUAACUACCAGGGACAUGCUGAGAAGUUGGGGUUCUCGGGUCUUACGGUACCCUCCUUGUUACACACGGUUUUCCAGUGGGUUUUAUCGCCAUCUCACAGCCCAAGACUCAAUAUCAUCAUCAAAUUAAUCUUCCAAGCUGUGUUGUAUUUCUUAUGGAAAGAGAAGAAUUCAAGACUUCACAACUCGGUCCCUCAGUACGCCCAAUCAAUUGUUAAGGACAUUCAACAGCUUAUUCGGGCUAAGUUGUCGGGUCUUGAUAGUGAUCUUUAUCGAUCACAAGCUCCCUCUGUUCCAGGGACAUCCGUAGAGAGUUAUCUUUUCACCUGGUUUCACUAUAUUCAAGUGUGA